AUGGCGACCACAUCACAAGCGACGCUACCGCCAGCGGCUGAACGCCAACAAACCUUCGAGCAAGCUGUCGCCCACGCCCUCCAUCUCUGGCCGGCCCUUACCCUCUCCGUAGCGAACAAUUGGGGAGGUGAGGACUCAUCAGACAAGCGAGACUGGUUCGCCGGCGUCAUCGUCGACCUCUUUCCCGAAUACACCGACACACCUGCUGCCCCCGGCGCCAAGGCGGUGGAGGAGCACGAUUUGCAGGAUGUAGAGGAGGUCCUGCUCCAGGUCAUGGUGGACGAGUUCGAUGUCAACGUGGACGACGACUCGGCCUACGAGGUGGCCACGCAAAUCGUCGCCGCCCGUACCCAAUGCGCACAGGGCCAAUACGACGAGGCCAAGAAGCUUCAGGAGCGCUUCAACAACCGCAACGGCAAGAAGGUGGAUCAGCUCUUCAAAAAGGUCGAGGACAAGGAUCAGGACACCGACUGGGAGUCUGAUGACUCGGGCGACGACGACGAUGACGCAGAUGUCGAGAUGAGCGAGGCGCCUGCUGCACCGAAACCGCCCAGGGAGAAGCCUGUGCCCGAGGUCGACGAAGAUGGUUUCACAACGGUCACCAAGAAGAGGUAG